AUGAAUGAUCAACAAGGCCAAAGUCAAGGUAUCAGAGCAGAGGAAGAAGGAAUUCACCCACUUGACAUGAAUAUUAUCUCUUCCGGUCCCAAUGCUCCUUUUGUAACCACUUCACAAGUCCAAGAUCAAAACGACGUUAAUUUGGAUUUCUCUGAUUUUGAUUUAUACUCUCUUCUUACUAGUCUCAAUACUGAUCUUGUAACAACUUCACAAGUCCAAGAUCAAAACGACGUUAAUUUGGAUUUCACUGAUUUUGAUUUCAGCUCUCUUCCUGAUCCCAAUGUUCCUAUUGUAACCACUCCACAAGUUCAAGAUCAAAACAACGUUAAUUUGGAUUUCGGCUCCCUUCUUGAUUUGGAUGCCAAAUCUCUUCUUAACUUUGAUUUAGACUCUCUUCUUACUAGUCUCAAUACUGCUGUUGUAACAACUUCACAAGUUCAAGAUCAAAACAACGUUAAUUUGGGUGGAGUUGAAGAACAUAGCGUGAAUGUUUCCUUUCCUCCUGAUCCCACUAAAACUCACCCACAAAACCAACCAAGUUCUGCAGAAGGACGUCGAAGAAAUAUUACUUUGUACUCUAAUGUCCAGCUAG